GGAAAUCUGUAGAAAAUGGAGCCAACGAGGGACUUUGAAGAUGAGGAAAGUGCAGUAGAGAUGGUGGCCAAGUAUACUACUACUACUACUGCACAAGUAGACGACGAGAAGAAGAGGUUAAUGGUGUUUGAAGGCGAGGAGCUUAGCGAAUUGAAAUGGUUUAGUAUCUCCUCCAUACAUGAGAGUUUGGAAAGUGCAGAGACGAUGACGGUGAGGAAGCAGAUGCUGGAUGAGUUUGGAACCACGCUCUCUCUUGCCUUCACUCAUCCUACUACUUAUUCAACUUCUUUGAGCAGCGCUAGUCUCGCCUUGGAAGAACUCACCGAAACUCUCCCUGAUGAACUUCCCUCCAUUGCACAGCGCCUGAGUGCCAUGGGAUAUCUCGAAGAUUGCAAGCAGAUUUACAAGACCAAACGCCUGGCAUUUUUCGAUGCCACUUUAGGGCGAUUUGGCAUUCAGAAAUUAAGUGCGGUUGAGGUGAAGAGGAUGGAAUGGGAAGCACUUGACAAGGUUGUAGGGCUGUGGUUGAAAGCACUUGUGUUCUGUGUAGAUCUUAUCCCCAUUGAAAAACAGACCCACCAGUCAGUCUUCAAAGACGAUUCAUCAGCACUUGUGAUGGGAAUAGUGAGGGCUUAUGUCUCACCAUUCCUAGAUUUCGUACAGGCAUUUGCCACCACUCACCCUUCUCCACAAAAACUAUUCAGAUUCCUUGAUUUACACCGCAUCCUAAACACUACCUUGAGCCGGUGUGUAUUGUUGGAGGUGCCCAGAGAUGAUCCUCUGGCGACACAGGUUGAAGAAGCCUUGUCUCAGCUCAUAGAGGCAGCAAAAGUGAGUUUCCGGAAUUUUGAGAGAGCGGUGGACAGUGACGUUAUGCAUAUUAGUAGCGUCAAAGAGGGUGGUGUUCAUACCACCACAAAUUAUGUCAUGGAUUAUAUGAUGAGAUUGAUAUCUGAAUACAGUAACGAGUGUGAAUGGAUAGUUUCAGUGCCAAGAAAGGUGGAAGUAAGAACAAGGAUCGAUGGGAAUAUCUGUGAGAAAAAAAGUAUUGAUGGUAGCGGCGUAUCGCCAUUUGCAUCUCACGUCAUUUGGGUCAUUGCCUCGUUGCUGCGCAGGUUGAAAAGCAAGACCGUCCAACACCUGCAGGACGAUGAUGCUUUUGCUCACUUUUUCAUGUUGAAUAACCUCAAUUACAUUAUUCAGAGGGUGAAUGAGCAGCCAGGAUUAAGAAUGAUAGUACAGGGUGAUUUCCUGCAUGAUAUUGAAACAGGCCUGCGUUCUGCAAAACUGAAAUACCUGGGUUCGACUUGGACCGAAAUUGUACAGGAUUUGGCGCAAUGCUCCACUCCCAAAAAGAUCAAGCUCUUCAACGUCACGAUUUCCUGGCAGAGUAGCAGGAAGAAAACUCUUAGGAAUUUCAAUGAAAUGUUUGGUAAAGUUCAUCAAACUCAAUCUAGGUGGUCGGGAUCUGAUGCCAACCUCAUGGGACAGCUUCGAAAAGUUAUUUUGGAUAGGUUGGUUCCAACUUAUGAGCAUCUUCUUGACCAACUCUCAGACACUUCUGGUAAUCCCACCACUGAAAUCCAAUACUCAGUUGAGGAUUUAAAGAAAGCAAUCUCUCAGCUCUUUCAGGGUCGCCCUCCCACAUCCUUUCCAUCAACAUAACAUACUAUACAUGGAGUCAAGAACAACAUUGAUCUGUUGCUGCCACUUGCAUUAUUGUUUCCUUAGUUUAUUUACUACUCUCAUUCUUCUCUUUCUUCAUUUUAUGUGUUUAGUCCGGUUGAGAUAGAAUUAAAUAAAUAAUUGUAUUAGUAUUUUGAAUAAUAGCCAAUAGAGGAUUCUCUGU